AUGUUUCAGGUACAUACUACAAAAUGGUCCACAAAAGCAGCAUUACUAUUAUUAGUUCUUCCUUUAGCAUACUGCAGAGUUUACGAUAAAUGUACUUUAGCAAGGGAAUUACUUUACGAUUACAAAUUUCCUCGUUGGCAAAUCCCAACUUGGAUUUGCAUUGUCCAGCAUGAAUCACAAUUUAAUACUGCUGCCAUAAAUACCCAAUCUCAUGAUAACGGCCUGUUUCAGAUUUCUCAGAUAUAUUGGUGUGGUCCACCAGCACAUCCUCAAGGCUGUAAUUUAUCUUGUGACAGUUUAAGAGACGAUGAUAUCCACGACGACGUUCAAUGCGUAAGAAAAAUAUUCGACGAAUUCCAAAGAUUGAAAGGUAAUGGUUUUAAAGCUUGGACGACCUACGAUCAAUAUUGUGGGGGAAACAAUGAUUGGAUUAUCAACGAAUGUAACUUAUAAAGACUUUUAAUCUAUCUAAUUUUAUGUCUGUAGGCUUUUGCCAAAUUUUAAUAUUUUAUAUAUUUUAAUAAAUAAUUUUUAACUGUAAACUUUUGGAACAUAAAUAUACGAAUAGUUAUAUG